UUUUCAUUUAAAUACAGUAUUAUUAAAAUUUGUUAAAUAAAUAGAUGAUUUAAGUGAAAUUAUAAUUACGUUCGGAGAAAUUACUAAACAAAUCAUCGAAAAGAAACCAAUCAGGUUGGCCAUUUUUUUCAUACUGAAGUUAGGUAUAAAAGUGCGAUUGUUCAAUUUCGAGAAAGCGAUUUCGAGUUUAUCGUGAAGGCAUGCCUUUUCAUGUUUUGAUGUAUUAUAAUUUCUUUUGGCCAAAACAGAAUAUGAUAUUGUUAAAAUCUACGAUCUAGUAAAACUGGUAAACAUCUGAUAUUAUUUAAUAUCAUAACUUUAUAACAAUUGUACCGCGAAAGAAGGAAUAAGAUCGUAUAAAUAUGUCAAAAGAAGAAUAUGUUCAUGGAAAUGGAGAGACUUUAGAUUGCGAGGAGUCACCUGCAAAACAAAAAUUAAGGGGAUGGUUGAAUCGACAUUUGCGAAUUAAAAUGACAGAUGGUAGAGUAUUAACAGGUGCAUUUCUCUGUACUGAUCGAGAUGCUAACGUAAUUUUGGGAUCGUGUAUAGAAUUUUUAUCCGAAGAUCACACAGAAGCAAGAGCUCUUGGAUUAGUGAUGGUACCUGGUCGACAUAUCGUGACAAUCCAUUUAGAUGUUUGAAUGAUUCUUUUUAAGAUAUCAUGUAAAUAAUGCGUUAUCAUCUUUAUUACAAUAAUAUAGUGAACUCAUAUCCCAUUA